AGCACGGUGAGAGCGUCCGAGGGGCCCAUCUACAAAGGGGUCUGCAAGUGCUUCUGCCGCUCCAAAGGCCACGGCUUCAUCACCCCUGCGGAUGGAGGGCCUGACAUCUUCGUGCACAUCUCAGACAUUGAGGGCGAGUACGUUCCCGUGGCUGGCGACGAGGUCACCUACAAGAUGUGCACCAUCCCUCCCAAGAACGAGAAGCUGCAGGCAGUGGAGGUGGUGAUCACYCACCUGGCCCCUGGCACCAAGCACGAGACGUGGUCUGGGCACGUCAUCAGCUCCUGAGGUGUCCCCUGGGAACGUGGCUGCUGCAGGGACCUGGCUGAAGAAUAUCGAGCGUGAGGAAAUACUGCAUUGUCAAUAAAGAAGAAGCAGGCCAAAAUUACCUUUUUUUUUUACAGCUGGCCUGAUUUAAAGAAAAAAAAAUGAAACAAAAAAAAAGGCAAUUCAAAUGCUAAUGAAAAAAAAAUCUAGCAUAAUGUGUUUACAAAAAAUUGUAUUUAAAGAGACCUAGUUUGUGUGCUUGGUGGAGGAGGGGAGGUUUGGAUUUUCUUUUAUCUUGUGAACUGAUUGCAGGAAAUGCCCAGGGGAAGCAGAGAGAGGUUUCAAGGAGAGCAGGUUGGUCGAGCAGAGGCACAACUCUGAGACCUGGGCGUUGUGUGAGCCCUGCAUCCCCUGGGGCUGCUCUUCCUUGGGGUGCAGCACCUUCAUUGCUGAUACCAGUGCCUGAAUGCCUUGGCUUACAGACAGAGGUGUUCACUGCUGAUUUGUUUUCCUCAUGGAAGGAAGUUCACAAAGAGAGCAGCUGCCACAGGCUGGAAAAUCUCCUUCAGGUGGUUACACUCCUGUGCCCAUCAGAUGCACCACUGCCAGUGGAAUGGCUGCACAGGUGUGGAAACUGUUGUGGUGGUGGAGCUGGGAGAGUUUGUGAAUUUACUUAGGUGCCUUGAUGGUUGAUUAGCAACAGAUUUUAUAGGCCAGUAUUAGAAAAAAAAAAUCCCAUCCCGAAUUUAAAUUUGCUUCAAGGUAAGUGGUAGGAAACUGUAGAAUAGUGGAUGCUUCAUAGCCUCUGUGUSUGACUUUUGACAAGGCUGAAGAUUUGCCUUCUAGACUGCAUCCAGCUGAGUGCCAUGGUGUGCCACUGGGCAGRCAGGGCACCUGCACUGCUGCACAGCAGGUGUGUGCUGCUCAGGUGACUUUAAUGCACUUCAGGUGGAUUAAAUACCUGUGAGUUACAGGCUCAGCUGUCUUGGUGAASUAGAUUCUGCACAUUUCCCUGGAGAACUUGGUAGGAUGUGAUAAGGUCACCCUUCCCCAGACUUUUCAUGUAGUUGUAGUGUUACUAAGUUGUUUUUGUUCCUAUUUGCCUUCCACAACUUUUUUUCAAAUGAAGCAUUUCUCUCUAUUACAUUCUUAACAGUGGAUUUUUAUUGACUUUGCAAAUAAAAAAAGAAAAAAAAAAGGUGCAACUCUUGUUAGUUGUAUGAAACAGUGUAGCUUCAGUUGUGUAUUUGGAGCUUCACCAAGAGGUGCUCACUGUCCUGCCCUGAGCCUUUCACAGCAGCUGAUCUGUUCCCAGGUGUGGAUGGGGACAGCACAGGRGUGUGGGGUCAGGAACUGCUGUGCUGGCUUGUUUUCCCUUAGCUGUACCCGUGUUCCACCAURGUGUAGUGGGGUUGGGUUUGGUUUUGUUUUUUAUGACCCGUAAGCCUUGGUAGUGGUGGGUUUAUCACUGUGCAGCUUGUUGGAAUAUCACACCCUGCUUUCUUUACAAUAAAUGCAACCAUUACAGUG